AUGAUCAUUUUGGAAGGAAAAGUAGUUUCUGGGAAGCCAAGUGAGAAUUCAAAGCCUCUGGUACAAUCAGCUGCUGAUGUAUUGAAGAAUAUGGUAAUGGAACAACCAAUUAUUGAUUCGAAACAACCUAAAGCUGAGGAACUAAUCACUCCUCCUCCUCCUCUGAAUCUUUCCAAUAAUGAUUCAUAUAUUCCCAAAAAAGAACUCAUAUUGAAUGCAGCUGAUUAUCUGAGAGGAGCAUCUGUGGGCAAUACUCAUUCCUCUCGUUCCAAUUUGAAUCCAAUCAUUGGAUAUGAUCAAACUAAUCUUGUUCUACUCGAUCGUCCUCAACCACCAACACAUAAAGCGUGGUGUUCAAAUGAACACAAUUCAGUACUCACUAUCAAUCUCGCCAAAAAUAUCAAACCAAUUUCUGUAUCAUAUCAACAUUCGAAAUGGACUCAUCAUAUUCCAAUGAGCACUCCAAGGACUUAUGAUGUUGUCGCGUGUUUUGAUUCCAAAUGUCAAAACUGGGUACUAUUAGUAUCCAACUGUGAAUACAGUAGUCAAUCAAUUGGAACUGAACAGUUCUGUAAUGUUUCUUCUCAUCUCAAUGUGCCUUUAAUCGGAACAGUCCAAUUUCGAUUCAAGGAAAAUUAUGGAGACUCUCAAAUGACUUGUGUUAGUUUGGUUCGGGUUUAUGGAGAGCCGAAGCCUGAGAUAAAUGAAGAAGAGGAGAAAUCAAGGAGAGAAUAUAUUUGCAAUAAAUUCAAAUGGUAUCAUCAUAAUAGUUUCUUCAAAAAUGCUUUGACCCAUAACGUGGAGCGUAGCGGAGAAGUACUGUUAAUGUGGAGUAACCGACCGUCUGUAGUGAUCGGGCGCCAUCAAAAUCCAUGGGUUGAAGUGAAUCUGCCAUUUGCCAAGGAGACAAAUAUCGAAAUUGCCAGAAGACACAGUGGUGGAGGCACCGUUUAUCAUGAUCAGGGGAAUUUGAACAUUUCGCUGCUAACGACACAUGCGCAGCACUGCCGACCCAAAAAUUUGAAAUUCAUUUCCGACGCUCUAAACUCUAAUUUCACCGUUCAAAUCGUCCCAAAUAGCCGCGACGACAUGGAACUCCAGCCUGGAAAUCGAAAAUGUUCUGGAACGGCCGCCAGAAUUGCCAAGGGGCAGGCCUAUCAUCAUUUGACACUUUUAAUCGAUGCAGACCUAGAAAUUCUGAAAAAAUCGCUAAAAUCUCCAUUUCGCGAUCAAAUCGAGUCGAAUGCGACGAGAAGUGUCCGCGCGCUGGCUGUGGGAUUUUUGAGAGAAGAUGAUGGGAAUGCGAGUGUUGAGGGGGCGGAAAUGGCCAUUUCCGAGGCUUAUAGAAAACUCUUCGAACAAUCGCAAUUCGAAACGAUCGAUGUUAGUUCAAAAAUCGCAGCAAACCCAGAAAUUUUGAAAAUUCUCGAAGAGCUAAAAUCGUGGAAAUGGAUUUAUGGAAAAAGUCCGAAAUUCCAGUUUUCCGGUGAAAAUGGGCAGGAAAUCGAAGUGAAGGAUGGAUUGAUUAUGGGGACGGAUCAACGAUUUUCGACGGAUUUUUAG